CGUCGUCUUUGGCGUUCCGUUAUAUUUGUAGCCGGGAAGAGACCAGAGUUCUGGGUGACGAUACCGAAUCAGCUUUGGCCACGGAUCGCUUUUUCUCUACUGCUACCGUACAGGCAGCAACAGGCCACAAUAGAGGUUCCCAUUUUACAAAAGAGUCCGUAACACUGUUACGAACGCACACAGAUCUGCCCCGGGCGGAACCAAGAGGCUAGCAUUGUAAUUAAGCAACGGAAUAUUCAUCCUCCCGAGAUAUUCUAGCUACAGAAUGGCCGAACGCAAGUUUCUAAGCGGCCGAUUAGUGCUGCUGGGCACGGUUUGUCUGAUCCUGUUCCUGCUCCCACACAGUACCGCCCUGCGGGAAGGUGAUUGUGAAGUCUGCGUGAAGACGGUAAACACAUUUAUGGAAACACUGUCGGAUGAGACAAAGAAGGACACCAAACGGAUAGAGGACGAGUUCCGGGCGUUCUGUAAGAAGUCCAAAAACAAGGAACAGCGUUUCUGCUACUACCUUGGCGGUGUCGAAGAUUCUGCCACCGGUAUCUUGGGUGAGCUGUCCAAACCGAUCAGCUGGUCCAUGCCGGCCGAAAAGAUCUGCGAGAAGCUCAAGAAGAAGGACGCUCAAAUCUGUGAUUUGCGAUACGACAAACAAAUCGAUGUGAAUGCCGUCGAUCUGAAGAAGCUGAAGGUGCGCGAUCUGAAGAAGAUUCUCUCCGAUUGGGAUGAGGAAUGCGACGGGUGCCUGGAAAAGACUGAUUUCAUCAAGCGCAUCGAGGAGCUGAAGCACAAGUACGUCAAGACGGAACUGUAACCACAUCGUCUGAAAUAAGCGCGGUUUUUGAGCGGCGGAUCUCUCGCUUUGCUCAUCAUCGCCAUCAUGCCUUUUGCCGGUUGUCGCCCCACUGCGGCAGCCCGUGUCACCACCACCACACCACGCGCCUGCUACAAGGAUUGUGCACCAGAUGAAUGCAGCGUGAAAAUGGGUAUUUAUUUUUCUCCUUUUUUUGUUCAAUCUUCUUCGAAUCGAAGAGAAGCAAAGCGCACGCUGCGCACAGUUUUGAGCCUGUUUUUCGCCUCCCCUCGCUCAACACUUGGAAGUUGUGGAAGCUUCCGGGGAUACGGUUAGAACGGAUACAUUUAGAUUAACGCAGGACAGUGGCAGGCGUGGGGUCAGGGCACAUAAGACAUUAAACUUAGGCAACAACAAGACCAUUGGUAAACAGGAACGAAUAGAAACGAAUGUGAAAACAAUAUUGUGUUCGGAUAAAACAACAACAAAUAAACCGUUGAAAAAAAAAGUAUACCACAUA